AUGGCCCAGCCGUUACUUUACAAUCGCCAUUUACCAAAGACGAUUCGUCGAAAACGCUUGGAGCAGUACAUUCGCCGAAUAAAGCGCCUCGUCGUCGAUCGAAUUCCUCAUAACGAAUUGAAAGGAAAGUUAAGUACCACCGAAGCUUUAGCCAAGGCCAUAGAAAUUUUGCAAAAAACACCAAAAUAUUUGUCGGAACCAACAAAUUUGAGUCCUGCACAUUCAUGGUCAGAUUCAUCAAACGUUUAUAAGCCUAGUACAGAUGACGAUAACUGGGCUUUACCGAACGAUUUAAAUGAAAGGUUUAUCGCUUCUUUUCGGAUAUUACUGCCUGAAGGCAAGAUUUUGGAGUCGUGUAUCAAUAAUAACACUGGAUUCACGCUCAAAGAACUCGAAAAUGGUGGAUGCAUUUUUGCUUUACUAUCUGCGCAAUGUAGACAAGCUUUAUUGAACAAUGUUUAUAUAGGAACCGACAAAAAGCGAAUCUAUGCUAGGAUUCUUGGAAGUGAGAAUUUAGCUUGUGAAUUAUUAUGUGAGUUUCAUCGAAUGAAGUUAGGAACAUCAAUUACAUGUCAAGUUUAUAUCCUAAAGCUUCAAAGUGCUUAUUGUCCAUUUAAAACAGUCUUGCCGCUAACAUUUUUCACUGAACACUCGAGCAGAUGUUGUUUAACUCAUUUGGAUUCCUCUGUUGCCACAUAUCUUGGAAUUUUACCUUGUGAAGUAAUCAAUAGGUCGAUACUAUUUUUACUGCAUCCAUAUGAUGUUUUCCACUUGAAAAAUAUUCACACUGAUUUAGUUAACUUCGCAGAUAGCCCCAUAAAAGGGCAACGUAUGCGAUGGAUCGCAGCAAAUGGUAGUAUUGUAAAUACAGAAUCUGAAUGGUAUGCGCAAUGGAAUCCGUGGGCAAAAAAGCUAGAAAAAAUAGUAGGUAGGCAUACGAUAAGUGAACAGCCUAUUGGUGAUGCAAAUGUGUUUGCCGAGCCAAAAAAUCAGUGCAUUGUGAAGCCGAUGAAUGAAAAUGCCAUUGAAAUUAUCGCCUUGGAAAUCGAAAACAUCUCAAAUAGUUACAGUAACGAUAGCAAUAAUAAUCUCAAGAAGAUGGAAAAUUUCGAUACAUUUAUGCGAUGUACGGUCCUUGACGCCUCUCAAAACUUUCGAGGAAAUGUAACACCAAACCUUGGAACAUAUAUCGACAAUCUUGUUGAAACAUUAGUCAUUAAUGCGAAAUCACCAGCAAAUAAGCUUGCGAAUACAGAAGUAAUAUCACCUGUAGCAAGUCCAACUGACCUAUCUUCGGCCAGUGGCUCAAACAUUUUGCCUCUUUCAUAUAAUCAGAUCAAUUGCCUUGAAAAUGUUCAUCGUUUAUUAAAAAGUCAACAGCGAGCAGACGAAUCAUCAGAAACUGCAUCAGGAGCGCUUCGCUCCUGUAAAUUCGAUGCAGAACCUAAAAGUCCAGUUCCUUUGCCUGAACUCGACGAAUUUGCGAGAAUGCCAGCAAUAGAAAGUGAAUACUCAAUGCCACUCACAAGAGAGUUAUUACAGCAACACACCAAAAAAUGGGAACAAGAAUAUCGGAAUACGUGGAAGAAACGGCUCAGCAUGAAAAGAAAAAAUGAUUUGGUGGUGCCAGUAUCAUCAAAAAUCUUUCGAGAUAACAACUGUAAGCCAUCAACAACUCAAAGCGCUCCUGCAAGUUACACAUAUGCUCGGCAAGAUUAUUGGACCUCGAAUAGCAAAGAUGAAUAUUAUCGUCGACUUGGCCCAAAUCCACCUCCUCCUCCCGGUCACAACUUCCAGAUUACAUCAAUACCACUGCCACCAACCCUGCCUUUACCUGAACAUCGGUCAGCUUUCCAUUCUGUGCCACCGGUCAUAAACCGCUGUAGAUCUACAAAAGAUCUCCCGCAACCAAUCAACCUUUCGAUUAAUGGCCAUUUUUCGAUAUCAAGAGCAGCUGAUUUAGAAUGUCGUCAGCAAUCUGUUAUUCGAAAUAUUUCACACCACAUGCACACUGGGUCAAUUAUGGUACCAUGUAAGAAACUACCACUUGAUUACUUUGAGUGUUCCAAUUUAGCAAUGAAUGAUGAUCAUUGUUUGGGGCAAUCAAAUAGCUUGGUACAACCCAGAGAAAAUUGUGCAGCGCGUCUGGUUAGCCUUGCACAUCGUGUACGGCAACAACAACAACAUAAGCACUGGCAACAUCAACAGCAACUUCAGUUCAAAACAAACAUACAACAAUCAGAAGCUGAAAGAUGUCUUACUUCACCUCUUUCAAGUUUAUCUUCAGUUAAAGAAGCUACUGACGCCUUGAUGCUUCUUCAGGAUGCUUCUUCACAAUAA